AUGCGCCCGACAACUUCUCUCCCGCGUCUAGGACGCUUCAUUCCUCGCCCCUCAUCUCCGGCUCUCCGACUCGCUGCUGUUUCGCGAUGCUUUUCGUAUUCCGCGCCUUCGCUUGACCGCGCACCUCCGCGGGGCUGGACGCCGACGCCUUUUGUGACGGAGACUGUUGGAGGUGGCUGGCACACUUACGACAUUUUCUCUAGAUUGCUCAAGGAACGAAUCAUCUGUCUGAACGGCGAAGUCGACGAGUCCAUGUCGGCCUCCAUCGUCGCCCAACUCCUCUUCCUGGAAGCCGAUAACCCGCAGAAACCAAUCCACCUGUACAUCAACUCGCCCGGCGGCUCCGUAACAGCAGGUUUGUCCCACCCGCCUUCAAUUGCACCGGAUCGAAACUUACGCAGAUCUCCUCUUUCGUCAGGACUCGCUAUAUAUGAUACUAUGACAUACAUCGCUUCCCCCGUUAGCACGAUUUGCGUUGGCCAAGCUGCCUCUAUGGGCUCAUUGCUGCUUUGCGGUGGUCACCCCGGAAAGAGAUAUUGUCUGCCGCACAGCUCAAUUAUGAUUCACCAGCCUUCUGGUGGGUAUUUUGGACAGGCGACGGAUAUUGCGAUUCAUGCGAAGGAGAUCUUGCGCGUGCGUGAACAGCUUAAUAAGAUCUAUCAGAAUCACUUGACCGGGAAGAAGACGUUGAGUUUGGAGGAGAUUGAGAAACUUAUGGAGAGAGAUUAUUUCAUGGGUGCUUCUGAGGCGUUGGAGCUGGGAAUUGUUGAUGAAAUUCUUGAUCGGAGAGUUAAGAAGGAUGGGGAGGGCGAGGGGAAGAAGGAUGAGUGA